AUGAUCGAGACGACGCACCUUUUGAUCCUCGGUGCCGUGGUGGCGCUGGGGUUGAUUCUCCUCCAUGGCCGUCGUUAUGAUCCUCGCGAACCGCCCAUGGUGACCAACGGCAUCCCGAUCGUGGGACACGCAUUCGGCCUUUUGUGGAAUGGAGUCGGACAUUGGGGUGAUCAAGCCAAAAAGCACCGCGACAAGCCCAUCAUCGGCUUGGACAUGCUGGUCAACAAGUUCUACGUUGUGACUUCGCCCGACCUGGUUCAGGCGGUUCAGCGCAAUUCAAAGACACUCACUUUUAGUCCGCUGCUCUUGUUCAGUGCAAAGUCCAUCUCCGGGAUCAAGAAUCCUAAAUCCUUGCACAUCCUCAGAGAUAAAGACGCGGGUGGUGAGGGUCUGGGCCUGCGAAUUAUGCAUUCCAUGAUCCCGACUUUAGUUGGGAAACCGUUGGAUAAAUUGAAUAUUCAUAUGAUUCGGUUGAUUCAGCCAUUUAUUGAGCAACUCAGUCAGACUUCCACUUUCGACCUAUACGGAUGGUGCAAAGAUGCCACCAUGGCUGCCAGCACUGAAGCCACUUAUGGCCCUUUGAACCCGUACGCCGACAAGAAGAUCCAGGACCUCUGGUGGGAUUUUGAAGGUGGCCUCGGCCUCCUCCUGCCUAAUAUCUGGCCGUCACUCCUGGCGCGCAAGCCAUACUACGCUCGUCAACAGGUUGCAGAUGCAGUCUACAAAUACACCCAAGCAGAUGGCCACAAGCAAGCUUCUGAGCUGGCUAAUGUGCGCUUCAAGGCAACCAUGGGAAGUGGCCUCUCACUCGAAGAAUACUGCUUACUGGAAGUCAGCAUGCUCUUGGCGUUCGUUUCCAACACGGUCCCCGCCAUGUUCUGGUGCAUGUUUGAUUUCCAUUCCCGGCCCCAACUUCUGGAGGAACUUCGCCAAGAGAUCGAGCUCAACGCGCUCAGGGUGGCCGACGACGGCUCGCAUAGCAUCGACCUGACCUCCAUUCGAGAGAAAUGUCCACUUUUGCUCUCCGCAUUCCAGGAGGUUCUCCGAUUCCGGUCCAACUCGUCACCCAUGCGGAUCGUGAUAAAGGACACUCUUCUUGCGGACAAAUAUCUUCUCAAGGCUGGCAACUCUGUGAAUAUGCCUUCCAUCCCACUCGCACAACACCCUGAUGUGUGGGGGGAGAGCCAAGCCGUCUUUGACGAGCGGCGGUUCAUGAGCACGGGCGAUAAACAAGAUGGGAGACGCACCGGUGGCUUCAUGACCUUUGGCGUCUCACCAACGGUGUGUCCCGGUCGACACUUUGCCAGCUCAGAAAUCCUGCUUCUCGUAGCCAUGGUCAUGCUCCGGUACGAUCUCGAGCCUGUAGGGGGAGUGUGGAAAGAGCCCCCCAAGGUCAAGACGAGCAUGGUCUCCAUCACGGGCCCAGUCAAAGGAAAGUUCCCGGUCAAGCCAACGCUGCGUGAAAAGUACGCCGGAGUAAAAUGGGGCUUCCACGUGGAGGAAGGCAAGGGUCAAUUUCCCUUGGCUAUUGGAUAG